CCAUUAUUAAGUUAUAUAAGAGCCAAAGCAACCAUCUGUGUUUUAACACUUUCCCGGCCUUCAAUGGCUUCCUCGGCGAUCGUCUUCUCCGAUUCUCCGUUUCGUUCUCUGUUCCUCAGCAACCAGUUUGUCUCCCGCCAUGCCCAUGGCUUACCUUCCGUCUCCUUCGUCCCCUCUCACCGCCUCCGCCGCGGCCGUCGUCUCGCGGUUCGAUCGGGGCUCAUCGAGCCUGAUGGCGGGAAGCUCGUGGACCUCGUCGUGGAGGAGUCACGGCGGCGGGUGAAGCGACGCGAGGCGGAGACGCUGCCGACCAGGAUCCGUCUGAGCCGGAUCGAUCUGCAGUGGGUCCACGUGCUGAGCGAGGGCUGGGCAAGCCCUCUCCGUGGGUUCAUGAGAGAAUCUGAGUUCCUCCAAACACUUCAUUUCAACUCGCUCCGGCUCGACGACGGCUCCGUUGUCAACAUGUCGGUGCCGAUCGUCCUCGCGAUCGACGACGAGCAGAAGACCCGGAUCGGUGUCUCGGACCGAGUCACACUCGUUGACCCGGCUGGUAACCCGGUCGCCAUUCUCAGCGAUAUCGAGAUUUACAAGCACCCGAAAGAAGAACGAAUGGCCAGGACAUGGGGAACCACUGCGCAGGGGCUUCCGUACGCGGAAGAGGCUAUAACCAAAGCCGGAAACUGGCUGAUCGGAGGAGAUUUAGAAGUGCUUGAACCGAUCAAAUACAAUGACGGUCUCGAUCGGUUCAGGCUGUCCCCGACACAGCUCCGAGAAGAGUUUAAUAGGCGUGAUGCUGAUGCAGUGUUUGCGUUUCAGCUGAGGAAUCCGGUCCACAAUGGCCACGCCCUUCUCAUGACUGACACUCGCCGGAGACUCCUGGAAAUGGGUUAUAAGAACCCUGUCUUGUUGCUCCAUCCACUGGGAGGAUUCACUAAGGCCGACGAUGUUCCCCUCAGCUGGCGAAUGAAGCAGCAUGAGAAGGUACUGGAAGACGGAGUUCUUGAUCCGGACACGACAAUUGUCUCCAUCUUCCCAUCACCGAUGCACUACGCAGGUCCGACUGAAGUGCAGUGGCAUGCCAAGGCCAGGAUCAAUGCCGGAGCCAAUUUCUACAUAGUUGGCCGAGAUCCAGCCGGUAUGGGCCACCCAAUCGAGAAGAGGGAUCUCUACAACGCCGACCAUGGCAAGAAAGUACUCAGCAUGGCUCCCGGUCUCCAGCGCCUCAACAUCCUUCCCUUUAAGGUCGCAGCUUACGAUACAACUCAGGGGAAGAUGGCCUUUUUCGAUCCAUCGAGGCCACAGGAUUUCCUCUUCAUAUCAGGCACCAAGAUGCGUGGCUUGGCGAGGAAGAAAGAGAACCCACCAGACGGAUUCAUGUGCCCGUCUGGUUGGAAGGUGCUGGUCGACUAUUACGACAGCGUCAGCUCCGAGUCCGGCAGCGGUAAGGUUCCGGAACCUGCAGUUUCUUCCUAGACACGAUAUUAUCACGGUCGGGCCACAGCCCCAAAAAACGAAACCCAUGUACUUUGACUUAUGCUUUGUGUGCAAAAAAAACAAAGGUUUGUAAUAAAACGGCUUCUUAUGUCCGAGAGGCCAUAAUGUAUAAUAAUAGUGUGUGUAUUUGUAUGGAA